AGAACUACUACUUGUAUUGCAUCAAGAUCAGUUAAAAAUUGAGAAUAUCACGAACAAUCGUCUGUCAAAUCAUAAUUCUUCUGAAAUUAAUGUUAUCAACAGCAAAAAAAAAAGUGGAAGCUAAAACAGGAUUCUUUGCUUAUUCCACUUCUCUUGCAUAACGCUUGAGUAAUGCUGAAUAGUUGGUGUGUGAGGUGUGGGAAGAAGUCUCUGGGUAAAAUAUGAACGAAUUAACAUUGGAAGGGAAGGAAGGAAGGGGGACUAUCAUUUGUGGGAGUGGAGCAGUGCUCAUUUCCCAUAGUGCCACUGUAAAGUUUUGAGAAGUUUGGAAAUAAUCUAUGCAGCUGUUCAGGAUAGCAGUAACUAAAUGAAUCACAUUCUUGCAGUUGUAAUUGUUUGGCAGCAAGCCUUUUUUCUUUUUUUUUUUUUUUUUCUUCUCUCCAAUAGGCCUUUCUAAUGGAGUAGAAGAGAUAAAUUGAUUUGAAGAAAGGAAAUACCCAUUCUCAUACUAAGCUUUUACUCUUCAUACCCCUGAAAUGAUUCUGCAAGCUGCUGGAACAGCAUUCUGCUUACCACAGGGAAAUGUACUGCAACUUUUUUUUUUUUUUUUUUGCCUCUCACAACAAAGAAGUGCAGUACUGUAGAGAGAUGACAAGGAAGGAGAAUACUUCAGUGUGGUACAUGCUGCACCCCUUCACUUGUCCUCUAUUUCCACGAUGCCUAGAGCUAGUCACCUGCUUGGGUUAAAAGAUGUGGAGCUUCUUUAUUUUGCCUUUCUUGUCAAAUGUAUUGUUCCCCCCUUUUUUAAGAUGACAAUGGUAGUUAUUGCUUGCUUAAUUUGUUGCUUAUUUGUUUUGUUUUUUUUUUUUUUUUUCUUUCGGCAAGCUGUGCCUUUUUGGCUAAGUGUGAAUGUGUCAACAUUUCACUUCAAAUACUUAGGUUCAUUUUGUUCCUUAGGUUCAUUUUGUUCCUUCUGCUGUAUUUCAUAUUGUGAAAUGCCCCCGUUAGAUCAGGACUCGCACAGGUAGAGUAACCAACAGUGUGCAAAACCAAGCAAUAAAACCUUGCGCUACUUCCAUAGGUCUUGUUGUAUACCUCUCUGCAUUUCAUGGUAAUGCUUUGCAGAGAUGACUGGAUUUAAGGUGUGGUAGCCCCUUCACAGAAGGCAGAGUUGAAAAGGCAAGGUUGGAUGUGGUGCUUAGGGACAUGAUUUAGCAAUAUAUUGGUAGUAGGGGGGUGGUUGCACCAGAUGAUCUCGAAGGUCUCUUCCAACCUUAAUGAUUCUAUGAAAUCUGAAAUGAUAGUAAAAUCUGGAUAGUAGAGCUGCAGGGAGCCUACAGAGGCAUGACCUAUGCCAUUCCCUUCCUCAGGUGGCAACCAGUUGAUAAAGGGAGGCAGGAGCAGUGGUGGUGCACGGUGGUUGGAAAAACAUUAACUGAAAUAAGACACAAAGUUUUGUGGUGCAGUCUGGAGGGGUAAGUUUGCUUACGCUAAACACAGUAGACUCUGUAGUGUUUAUUAAUGAUUGUUUUUAAAGCCAUCCUGGGCUUUACUAUUUAUUUACUGUAGGGUCGGUGCGCGGUGCCUGCCAGAGCCGCGGCCGCCCUGAGGGGGCUCGGGCUCGGCGUUUCCCCCCUCAGCGGCCGCGGGAACUUUUCCCGCCCAGCGCCAACGGCUGCCGGGCUGAGGCGGGAGGGGGGCGCAGGCGGCCCCCUCCUGCCGCCGGGCUCCCCUCAGCUCCCCGCUGCUCCCGGGGGACAACUUGGGGCAGGGAGGGAGAGAAGGAAUUGUCCUGAGGUGGUUUGGGACUCUGUUAGGUUUGAAUCCCUUCGUGUGGGAGAUUUUGAGGUAUGGAGCAGCAAUUGUGUGGGAGUAAUCCCAAAGAAACUGAAAAAGAAUCCCUAACAUAAAUUCUUCUUCAAUUUGUGCUUAAAAUUUGAUACCUCAGGCCACUGCAACACAUCUAGCCAGCCCACAAGGUGCGUUUCUCAGAGAAGUUUUACACAACAACCAUAAGGGUGCACCGCAGGUACCCAGUUAUUUCACUGACAAAUAUUGAUCUGUCUGUACACCAACACCCAGUUCUGUGGCUUCCUGCAGGUUAUCGUUUGUAAACAAAGAGCUUUGCUUUCUCUUCAGCCUAUAAAUUCUGUGAUUUUGUCCUGUGCCAAGUAGUUAAAUCUAUUUUUGAAGAUUUAAGUGUGGCUUCACAUUGGCCAUUUACAGAGAAGACAGAUGAUGCUUUUUGAAAGAAAAUCUGUAAGGCAGUAAAAUAGAUGUGAUAGAAUACCACAUUUUGGCCUUAGUUCUCCUUCUACAGUAAAUUUGUAAGUGAAGUGCUUCAUGUGGUGAGAUUCUACUCUUAAAAAUGCAGAUAUGGGAGUAAUGCGCAAUGAGAACAACACUGGUCAUGGUCACCUUCCAGACCAAAACUCUAGUCCUGGAGGUUUUUUUCCAUCAGAAAUAAGAACUGAUCUGUGUACACUGACAAACACAAGUGUGUGCAAGAGCUGUGCCUUAAAUGAAUGCUACAGGAGGUGACAGCAAACUGAGGAAGUCUGAUUUAAGAAAAGAUGUUGACUGGUUUCAUACUUCCAACAACUAUGACAGACAGCUUUCUCAGAUAAAGCAGUUAUUUAAGUCUUACUUUUGCUAGGAUGAUUAUGCCUAUAAAUUACAUAGGCAGGGUUAAAUGCAGCCUUUAAUUUGAUGGGUUACGGGUCAGACAGCUAAAUAAUUCAUUAAUAAGAGAAGAAAAAUACUAAAGCAUUCUGUAAAAAUUGACUUUGUGGGUGUAAUAUGCUUCAGCCAUUGGAAAGAGCUUCCCAUUUAAUGGUAGUAUUAAAAAUUUUAAAGAAAAGCAUUGAAAAAAAUACUCUAAUUUUGUAUGGCUUUGUUAACAUAUAUCUUUAUUAUUAUUUCAGCAUGGCAAAUUCUGACCUAAUUUCUUUACAGCUUGUUCUCACAUUUUGAUUAAGAGUACAAAGAUAUUUUUGGAAAAUGGAGGAAGAAAUACAGAAAAUGAAGGAAAUUGGCCUUAUUUACCUUGACAGAAGUGGUGGCCUUCAGAAAUUCAUGCACGAUUGCAAAAAAUAUAACGACUCAAAACAAAGUUACGCUGUUUAUCGUUUUGUUAUUUCAAUAAAUCCUUCUGAUAUUGCUGAAUUGGAUGCAACUCUUGGAAACUACAUUCUUCAUAAUCCCAUAAAAGCUGCAGAGAUUUUUCAGUCAGUAUGUUUUGUAGCUAUUAAGACGUUAUCAUUAAUAGAACAAUUGCAGACAGAGGCUCAGAUUAGUAUACUGCUGAAGCCAACACAUUUACCGCCUUUACCAAGUUAUGUUCUCAGUCUCUCUGCAUUUCCAUUUAACUACACAUCUCAUAGAUUUUAUAUGUCUGAAGGAAUAGUCAUUGCAAUGGGAAUUGUAACAAAAUAUACACAAGGAGCAAGAUUUCUUUGUACUGAGGAAACCUGUCCGUUCUCUGAAGGGUUUAGGUACAUAAGAGUGCAUCUGCCUGGAGCUACAGAAUCUGCCACAGUGAGGAAUGAUUUUGUGUGCAGUUUAUGUUCUUCACCCCUGCAAGAAGAUAUGAAGUUUAGAGUACUUGGUGAUAAACAAAUAGUUGAAAUGAUUGAUGCAAAAGUUCUUAAUGCUUUAAAAGGAUAUUCCAACAAUAAAUCGCAUUUUAGGAUUCAGGCUUUCACAGUUUUCUUGAGAGAUGAACUGGCCAAUCGAAUGACAAUAGGAAACCACUACAAGAUUAUAGGCAUCCCAACCUGCGUACAAAAUGGCCCACAAGCUACAGCAUGUAUAGAAGUCAGUAGCGUACAGCUCUGUAAACCAAACGGUCCUUCUUUUAUCGGUGAAAAUUUUAAGUAUCUGCUCUCACUGACUUCAAAUUCGUGCUGGAGGUUUACGGCCAUGCUGGCCAAUAUCUUUGCUUCGCAAGUUGUUCCACCAGGCACUUACAACACUCUGAAACUCGCGGUAUUGCUGAGUCUAGUACAGACGUGUGAAAAGGAGAGUGCUGAUUACCUGGAUCUGUUGGUUGUGACAAGCGACACCUUAGUGAUUGAUAGGCUUCUGAAUUACAGCAUAUGUCUUCUGCCCCGUGGCAUACGACACCCAUCCUCUAGUGACAUCUUUCCUUCUGUAUCCAAAGAUAAACACGGAACCGGCAGUGCCAGUAUUCAAGCUGGCAGCGUUCUGCUCGCUAAGGGGGGUAUCUGUUACAUAGGAGACUUAUGUACCUACAAAAAGGAUAAACUGGAACUUCUACAAUCUGUUCUAGAGAGCAGGACAACAACACUGUUCAUUCCUGGGAAGAAGUAUGGAGAAGAGGCUGACCAACAAGUUACUAUUCCAGUUCAGACCAAUUUUUGGUCUUACGUAGAUGUGGAUUCUUCCUCAAAGAAACAUACACUGAAGGACAGCUUCCUGAUUGGGCAGAUGGACUUGAGCUUGCUUCCACCUAAUCUUCUGGAUGGUUUUGGGCUUUUGUUAUAUGAUGAAUUUCCUUCAUGUCGACUGUCUUUUCCUCUUGUGCAUCAUGUCCUGAAAAAAGCCAUUAAUCCUGAAGCCACCUUGUACAGAGUCUCACAGCAGUUCAGAACGCAGGACUAUGAAGAGUUUAUUUUGUUUGCUAAGAAUCUCCAUGUUGAAAUGAGCUCAGAAGCAGAAAACCUCAUUCAGGGCUACUAUCUUGCGAGUCGCAGAGUGAGAAGAGAUUCUAUGCACGGAUCAAACUUAUCAGCAUCUGCACUAAAACUUCUGAUCUCCCUGUCUAAGGCUCAUACGAAGCUAAGUUUAAGAAAGAAAGUACUUGAGGAAGAUGCCUUGAUUGCCAUCUUGCUGCUUGAAUCAUCUCUUACCCUAAAGCACGGUAAGUCUGCAUUAUGCAUAGAACCAAAUGCUCUAUUUCCCUUUGACCUCAGUAACGAAAACUCCCUGCACCAGAGAGAUAUUUACCUCCAGAAGUGCCACCAUCACCUGCUCAAGUUUAUCAGCGCGUAUGGCCCAGGAGGUCAUGUUAACACUAAUGAGGAGUGAAGUAAAGCCCGAAGCUCAACAACGUGAAACUUCUGUAGUUUUUCUUACUGGUUCUUUUCACAUGUAUUUUACAAUAGUAGUUUAAAAACAUUACAACCACUUUUCUAGUGUAAGACAACUUAAAUUAUUAUUCAUGUACUAUAAAUUUUAAAAUGUAUUAAAAAAGUCACCCUACUACUUGAUGGUUUGUCUUGCUUUUACACUGUAGCAACAAUGUUAGAAUACAAUGUUGGUAUGCUCCUACAAUCUGGAAAAAAAGUAUUUGCACUACUGUAACCUUAGAGAAAGACUGGAAGGGAUAGAAGAACCCCCCAGGAAAGCAAAAAAAAUAGCAG